AUGCCUCCUGCGCUUCACGACUUAUUCAUCGGACAAUUCGGACUCGCUGUUCUCGACGCGGUGCGCGAGGUCGGACGACAGAACGAACAAGCUCGUGCCUUUACCGAGAGCAUCAAUAACGCUUUGUCCUCUGGUAUUUCUAUGAUCGAUGGCGAUGACCAAUGGGAACAACAACCUGAUGCGCAAUUCGGACACGAUGAGGCUGAUUGCCCGUCCCUCGUAAUCGAGGUCGCAUUGACGCAAAACGCAGGGCACUUGCGAAAGAUUGCCCACCAGUACAUCUAUCAUACCGAAGGGGACAUCGAAAUGGCCUUCCGAGAUGCCGACAAACGCCCUGUCCCCGGCGCUUUGACCCUACAUCUUCACGAUUUUGCAUCACACACUCUCUGUCAAGGCUGCCCCAACUUACCCUUGUCAAUCUCGUACCACGACAUUUCCAACAUGAUGGCCAAGGCCGAACUGAGCAUGGAACUACGUAAGCGCCGGAAGGACCGAACGCCUAAACGCAUCACCAAACGACGCUAUGUGGAGAGCUCAGAGGACAAGAUGGGGACAGACGAUGAGAAGUGCUGCUCCCAUGAGGCAGAUAAUGCCAUCGACAAGGAAGACGGCGACAAUGGAGCAUAUAAGCCACAAGAAUCUUGA